UCGGAUGCCAGGGAUGUCUCCAGAAGGGCUGCGCCUUCGCAUUCCCUUCCAGCCUCUCACUUAGGGGUCAGGCGGCUUUUUCUGGGUCGAAAAAUCACCCCCAGCAACGUCCUUUCUUUGGAUUUGCUUGUGGAAUCCGAGAAGAAAGUUCUUCCCAAGCGACUGGGUUUUUGUUCUUGUUUUAGGAUCCGUGGAGCCUCCUCUUUGGAUCUGGAGGCUGGAUUCACAGUUCCAAGGAAACAUAUAAAUGUGACCAGAGAUGCUGUUGGGACAGCUCAGCUGGACUUGCUGUUGCUGGCUUGUUGUUUGCUUUUGGCUUCUGACUGGAGAGGGAAGAGAUGUUGGCACUGAACUCUGUAGAGGCCUCCCAUGUGGCAGGACCAGACAGGAUGAGCAACUACCUGGCAGACAACUGUGCCAAGGACCCCGUUGCUCAGGCAGAGCAAAUCGCUCCUCUCGUGCCUUCGCCCAUAUGGGCACCUUUGCUCGAGGACAGCCCCACAGCAAGCUAUACCUCUCUGUCCAACAACAGCAGGAGCAAUAUCCUCUUGUGGGGAGAGGUGUUGAACAUGCAGCUCUAGCCAUGAAGAACACAAGGGAGAAUUGCCCAGGAGGAGGAGACUGCACCCCAAGGGCUCCGAAUGGCACUGCCCAGAAUUGCAAAGGCUUUGAGUGCAGGCUGGCCCUGCGCAUUCGCCAGAAGCCCAGACUAGUUGGUCAAGCUAUGCCAUGCUCACCAAACCAGGGUGAAGGCUGUCCUGAACCCACACUGGUCAGAGCAGCUGAGAUAGCUGCCCAGUUCAUUGGGGAAGACCUUGCCUACACAGCAUCGGAUUUAGGAGGUGGCGCUCUAGGCGUUCAGCUUACUUGUGAUGUUAAACCAGGAGAAAAUGAAGUCCCAUCAGAAGAUGCUCUUAUACUUCACCUCCAGCUUAGCAAAGGUCAAGAGAAAUUUGUUGAAGCUCUGAAGAGUCAGCAGACGUUAAUCAUGGAUUUACAGCAAAAACUAAUGGAGCAACAGAACGUAUUGGCCACUCAGCAGCUGGAAAUUAUUGAACAACAAAGGAAAAUGUAUGAGCAAAUGGAUCUGAUCAAGGUCCAGUAUGGCAUGCUUUUUGACACAGUGAAACAAAUGUCAUUUCAGGGUUUGCAAGAGGAUAUUCAGCAUUAUUUUGAAGCCAAUCUCCAAGGCCUCCAGAACCAAGCCAGGAAUCACCUCCAGAAAUCCUACUCUGUGCAUAAAGUAGAAGUUGAUGCAAAAGUGAUUGAUAUUGGAGAACCUUUAAUGGACUGUGGUCUUUGUGAAAGUGAUGAAUUUUGCAAUUUCCAAAAGACACCCUCACAAUGUGAAAAAUGCACCUUAUGCCCUGCUGGUUUUUUCCAGCUGUCUGAGUGCUCUUCAAAUGCUGAUCGGAUAUGCCAGGACAGAGAUGAGUGCAUUGAAUCACCAAGCAUCUGUGGGGAAAAGAUAAAAUGCCUGAACACUCCAGGAGGAUUCCGGUGUCUUGGGAUUGCAGAAAAGGAAGCCGCUUUGGGACUGUGUGGUGAGGAAUACUUCUUUAACAAAGAGCUGCAAGAGUGCCAAGCGUGCCUUAUAUGCGAUGCUGGGGUGGUUGCAUUUCCUUGCUCCACUGUAAGUGAUACCGUUUGUUCAACAGCCAGUGAAAACAAGCUGUCUGAGUCAUGGGCUGCAAACCUUGUUUUCCCCUUGACAAAGUCUGGCACAUCUCAAGUCUAUCCAGGUUUCAGUUUGUCCAUCAAGGCAAAACAGGAAUGCAACAUUGGAACUGUGGAAAGCAACAGCUUAGUAUUCAGGCAACAUGGCUUAAUGUGGGCUGACUUCAAUUUCGCUGUGAAACACAGCUGCAGGAAUUUCCUCCAACUUUCUCUCAAACUCAACAACAGCGAGGAAGGCUAUGAGUUGAGUGGAGUUCGUAUCGAACAGCCGGAAGGUAAAAUUUUCCAGGGCGUCAGCUUGAGUGGUGCUGCAGAGGUAGAGCCGAGCCAAACUCUCUCGGUCUUUUUGAAGAGCCCUAAUCAAUUCUGCAACCAGAGCAAAGAUUUAAACAUUUAUGACCUCAACACACCCUUCAGUUUGUUCUGGUUAUCACAUGAUACAGGAGCCGUGGCCAUGACUGCGCAGACUAGCACGGCAAUGCACUACCAAAACAGCUAUCGACCCACCUUUAAAUUAGGUUCUGUUUCUGAUCCUUACAUGCUGACGUUGUCCCAUGAUGGGAAAGCCAUCAAGUUUACUGAAACAGGUGUUGUAAAGUUUGUGUUUCACCAAGCCUUAUACUCCAUGGGUCAGACCUGUGUCCGUGAAGGUUUUUCCCUAGUUUCUUAUCUCAACAGAAAUGGCACAAAUUCAGAACUGAUGACUGUUUAUAAGUCUGGUGUCAAUUACAGAGACACGUCAAUAUCUGCCUCUGGGGCCACCAGAGUUGGAGCUGGGGAUCUUAUUAGUUUUGAGAUCCUUUCACCAGCACAAUGCAAUGUUCGCUAUUUUGGAGAUGGUUCUGGAAUUAGCAUGCUUAGCCUCAUCUGGAUCCCAUCUGCAGUGUCUGCUGCUCUUUCAGCCUCAGUUUCCAUUAAGGGGCUGCCCACAGGAGCUGUCAGGAACAAGUUACUGGAUUUUACACAGGUCUCACCCAUUGAGAAGCAGGUCUAUCUGAUAUCUACUGGACAGCAUGCUCAGAAAUAUUUUUUGUUCACUGAAAAUGGAGUAGCCAGUGUUGCAUUGACUUUAAAGCUGAUCCACUCUUGUAACAUGCUCCAGGUAACUCUAAACCAGUUCAUUGGUGAUCAUGUGCAACUUCAUGCAAUUGCCCAGCAAGUUGGAGGUCAAAUGCCAGAAGGAAGUCUCUGGACCAGUGUUAGCCUUCACUCUUCUUUUGAAGCUCUCAAUGGUACAAUGAUAUCUAUUUCUCUUGAUUGUGUGCGUGGCAGAAUCAACCAUAUAGCUCAUGGACCUGGAACCAGCCUAUCUGUCUUAUGGAUUUCAUCCUAGCAAAUCCAAGGAUGAAACUAGAAUGUAACCAGAUUAAUGCUAGGAUUAAGGAACUAUGAGGAGCAACAUCCAGUAAGACUGUGUUGGAUGUUUUCUUUUCUCCAGCUAUAUUUGGAUGGGAGAAAAUAGAGAAGACACAACAAGAAGGGUAUAAUAUGGUUGAAGAUGGAAGUAGAGUAUGACUCCAUAUGGGGCAUAUGUUCUUGGAGCCAUGAAUCUGUGAAUACUACUACCACCACCAACACCACCACUACUACUACUAACAACAACAACAAGCUGUGCUGGAGGACAGAGAAUAUAUCUAGAGAGGAUAUAUUUUGUUAGACAUGUAUAAAUGAAGCCACAGUUACUGGUACUAUGGAUACAGGAAUCAUUUUAAUUUCUUUACUUUCAGUUUUUAACUAAUACCCCAGGCAGUGUAACACUUUGACUUUCAGUAUGAUUUUAUUUAUUAGUAAUAUUGGUGGGUUGUGAUGGAGGUUUUAGUCCAAUAUAUCUGGAGGGCUGUUACGUUGCAGGAAGGUGACUGUGCAGGUUUUUAAACUUGAACAGUUUGGUUCUUAACCUGUGGGUCCCCAGAUAUUUUGGCCUUCAACUCCCAGAAAUCCCAACAGCUGGUAAACUGGCUAUGAUUUCUGGGAGUUGCAGGCCAAAACACCUGGGGAUCCACAGGUUGAGAACCACUUGAUGAUCACUAAAGACCCUGCUCCUAGAAUCCUAAUAUGUCAAAGGAUUUAACACAAAGCAAAAUAAGUUAUCAACUUUUAAAAAUAAAAAUGACUUAAGAAAUAAAAUAAACAUUUCAGGCUGGUAAUAGAAUAA